AAGAAGUCCAAUCUAACCUAUUUUAUGUGGACUUUUAAAUCUUAAAGUUUGUACCAAAUGUGUUAUUUUUAUUAUUUUAUUUAUUAAAUGAAUAAACUCGCUAAUAAAAUUCAGUAAAUAAAUUCAUAUCUCAAACAUGUAUGGUGAGAAGGGUUUUGCCCUUAUCAAAGAAUUAUCUCGUUGUAAGGAAACAUUACCUCCAUAUAAUACAGACUUGGUCAAUGCUGUAUCAAAUGAAAUCAAACAACUUUUGGAACAAAUAAAGGAUGCACAAUCUACAUCUGAUAAUGAGUCAGCUUUAGUCACUGCUGGUUCCAAAAUUUCAACUAUAACAAUAGCACAUGCAGGAAUCAAAAGAAACUUGCGUUGUUUGCUUUCAUAUCACUAUAACAGAAUCAAAUGCCUCAGAACCAUGAGAUGGGAGUUUGGAAGCAUUCUACCAGCUGAUAUCAAAGUGAAUCUCAGUGCUGAAGAAAUUGAGUGGUUUUCAAAAUACUCACAAAUGUUGGCAUCAUACAUGAGAUCUAUAGGAGAUGAAGGUGUUAAUUUGGCAAUUGAUAUGAAGCCUCCAAAAGCCCUUUAUAUAGAAGUGAGGUGUCUGGUAGAUUAUGGACGCUUUGAACUCACUGAUGGAUCUGUGUUACUCCUGAAGAAAGACAGUAGACAUUACCUGCCACGUAGUGAAUGUGAAGAAUUAAUAAGACAAGGGGUUUUUCAACAUAUAGUGUAGUGUGUGUGUAAUAUUUUCAUCAUCCUUAGUCUUAGUUUUUUGUCCAUUUUACAGUUAUUUACACUUUUCUAUAAAAAAAUCAAUGCAAGAAU